UCAUAUAAUUCCCACUCAUUAUCUUUGUUGCUUAAAGCUUGCCUUGCCCUCUUCUCCUCCUCCUUAUCCUCUCUCUCUCUCUCUCUCUCUUAACAUCAAUUCUCAAGAGAAUUCCAGUCCAGGCAGGCACCCAAAAACAAAAACUCCAUAAAAAGAAAGAGGAUACUGCUUCUCUCUCUCUCCCUAUAGCUCUCUAACUCUAUACACAAACAAGACCCACACAGAACAUAUUAAACUAAAAUCUUUCAUUCUUUCAUCUCUAAAAAUAGGGGGAAAAACCCAACAAAUAGUAUUAAUAAUAAUCGUACAAAAACAAGAAGAAAUUAAGCCAUUAGAGAAACCACAUAUUUUCAUGCCAUCAUGGAAGGAGGAGAUGAUCAUCAGCUCCACCACCACCACCACCAUCACCACCACCGCCCAACUUUCCCAUUUCAAUUACUUGAAAAGAAAGAAGAUGAGCCUUGCUCCUCCUCCUCUCCUUACCCUUCUGCUCUCCCAAUCUCCAAUGAACCAAACAACAAUAACAGCAAAAAUAGCAAUAAUAACACCGCCAAUAAUACUGCCCUAAACCGUUCUUCUUCUUCAGGUCUCCAAAUUGCUCCAGAGCCAUCCAAGAAACCACCCCCAAAGCGAACAUCGACUAAAGAUAGACACACGAAAGUGGAUGGACGUGGGCGUAGAAUUCGCAUGCCUGCUCUUUGUGCUGCUAGGGUUUUCCAGUUAACUAGAGAACUUGGUCACAAAUCAGAUGGUGAAACCAUUGAAUGGCUACUUCAACAAGCUGAACCAGCAGUGAUCGCAGCUACAGGGACAGGUACUAUCCCAGCAAAUUUCACUUCUUUAAACAUAUCUCUACGUAGCUCAGGUUCAAGCAUGUCAGUCCCUUCUCAGUUAAGGUCAGCAAGCUUUAAUCCAAACUUUUCUAUGCAACAAAGAAGAAGUUUGUUCCCCGGAAUUGGGCUAGACACUUCACCAGCACCAACAUUUCUAAAUUUCCAAUCUAGUAACUUAAAUGCAGUGCUUCAAGCAAAGCAAGAACUGCGAGAUACUUCUUCAUUAGAGUUAUCGACAGAGACUGAAGAGAGUUUAAGCAGGAAAAGAAGGAGCGAGCAAGAUUUAUCAUCGCAGCAACAUCAGAUGGGUAGUUAUUUGCUGCAAUCAAGCACGGGAGCAAUUCCAGCUGCUAGCCAUAGUCAGAUUCCGGCUAAUUUUUGGAUGCUAGCUAAUCCUAAUAAUCAAGUUAUGAGUGGAGACCCUAUAUGGACAUUUCCUUCUGUCAAUAAUAGUGCUUUGUAUAGAAGCACUACGUCCAGCGGUUUGCAUUUUAUGAAUUUUCCUGCUCCUGUUGCCUUGUUGCCAGGGCAGCAACUGGGUGGUUCUACUAGUAUUGGUAGUGGUGGUGGAAAUAGUAUGAGUGAAGGCCAUUUAAAUAUGCUUGCCGGAUUAAAUCCUUAUCGGCCUUCUGCUAUGUCAGACUCACAGGCAAGUGGGUCUCACUCGCACCACGGCGGUGGCGGCGGCUGCGCUGGAGAUGAUCGACAUGAUACAACAAGUCAUCACUCAUAAAUCAAGCAUCGUCGUGAUCAUUAGCACGGAGCGGCUGCAACAGUAUUAUCAUCAUCAUCAUCAUCAUCCCCCACUUGUGUAGUUUGAUGUGUAACACACGUGAGGUUUGAUUUGUUCUUGGAUUUGAGUUUUGUUUUCCUUUUCUUUUCUUAAUCUUUAAUUAUUCCAAAGAAAUUUUUUUGUGUGAUUAA